UUGUGUCGUGUUGAUAUUGAACACAAGUAGUAAACUUUUAUUUUUCAAAGUUUUUAAUACUAUAUAAAGGGCAGUUAUUAUUUAGUAUAAUUAUGUCCAAUUUAGAUUUAGUGAACAAGCUUGGCAAGGAAUCAUCCAGGGCAGCAUGCAAGAAAUGUGGAUACUCUGGACACCUAACCUUUCAAUGCAGAAACUUUAUUAAAGUGGAUCCAAACAAAGAAAUAGUGUUAGAUGUGAGUAGUACAAGCAGUGACAGUGAGGAGAACUAUGCAACACCACUGCAGAGUUUACGGGAGGCAGAGCUGCGACAGAAACUGCAAGAGAAACUACAGAAAGCUAAAGAAAAGAAGAAAAGUAAAAAACGAAAGAGGUCCAGAUCAUCAAGUUCAAGCAGUAGUUCUAGUUCAUCAUCAUCAUCAUCUGACAGCAGUGAUUCUGAACGUGAAAAAAAGAAAAAGAAACAUAAAGAUAAGAAAUCCAAGAAGUCCAAAAAAUCAAAGACAUCUGAGAAGCGGAAGAAGCAUAAAAAAUAGCAUUAGUUUUUGUAUAGUUUAAAACAUUAUAUUGCACUGAUUUACAAGUUAUACAUUACAAGAAAAUACUGAUAAGUGAAGUGUAAUACAAUUCAUAAGUGCAAAUUGAAUCUAUGCUUUUUAUAGAUAACAUUUUUUUUAUUGAAUAAUAAUAAAAUUAACUUAAUUCUA